CCUGUUUCCGACCUUUAGAAUUUAAAAGCCUGACCCAGGAGGACUUUGGCGUCUAGUUGUCAUAACAACCGGCUGACCGGCGGCAGGAGGGGGUCGGGGUCGGAGGUUUGGGCGGAGCUAACGGGCUGCAGCCAAGAAACGGACGUGGAGCCAGUCAGGAUUCGGGGGGACCUGCUGUUUCGUGCAGCGUUUAGCGUAAACCUCGUCUGCUGGGUUCCUUGGAUGAUGGCACGCUGAGAAGCAUCCCAUGGCAUCCCAUGACAAAGAUGUGGGGCCCUUACUGCCCAAUCCCUGGGAUACCAUCCUUGAGGCCGUCAAGGAGCAGCUCCCAUCUCUGGACUCAGAUUCCUCCUCGUCAAACUGCGAGGAAGAGGAGCUGAUCAUCUUCCAGCGAAAUCAAACCGCCCUGAUUCCAGACUUGUCAGAAGAACUGGCUGAAGACCCUGACAGGGCCUGGGUCACUUCCUCUGGGUCUCCUCCUGAGCCAGCUGUAGUGCCUGUGGAAUCUGCCGGAGAACCCUGGGGAGAGUGGAACGCUGGGGCCCAGCCCCAGAAGUCAGCCUCUCUGGAAGGAAGGGCCCCUGGCAGGCCUUUGCAGAGCUGUGACGAGAGCAGCUCUCUUCUCAGGAUGCCUGCAGAGACCCCCACGUGGCAGGAUGACAAUGGGCGCACAGCCUUCAACACCAGUACAUCACAAAGUCCUUGCCAGGGGCCACAGGGAGAGGCCACUCUCUCCCCUCAGGAAGCAGGCCUGCAGACAGAGCCCCCAGGCGCUGCCUCAUGGGCCCAGGAAGGCUCAGACUCUGCAAACCGCAGAGCCCUCCGGAGGGAGAGAAGGAAGAUGAUCAAGAAAGACAUACUUCACAAAGUCACCUGGGAUGCCCAGGACCCAGCCUACCAGGACCUGAGUGGAGUGAAGGAGACGCCCUGUGAUGCUGCGGAAACGCUGCCGGAGGGGCCCCAGGGGGGACUGCCCUUGCUCUCCCUCCAGCAACUUGAAGAGUGGGAUUUGGAUCAAGUCCUUCAGAGUCUGACAGGGCGAGAAGAGGACCCGGGAGAUUGCGCUUCUGGAGCCGCGUGGUGGGCAGCGGACCGCCUCCAGGUCCGAGACCAUGCCAAGCCGAGCACCCAGGACAGGCUCAUGGAACAACUCACGCUCCUGUGUGCCACGCAGUCCAGAGCCUUUUCCUCUGCCUGGAGGGUGCCUUCUGACACGCCCCAGGACAUCAAGCCGCAGGAGGCCGGAAGCAGAUGCGCUUCCAAGGAGCUGGGCUUCCAGGCGCUGGCCAUGGACACGCGGCUAAGGAGCCCAGCGGAGCCUCCCACCGUCUUCAUUGACCUGCGGCCGACAAAGCCAUCAGACCAGGGGCCCUCGGAAAGCUGCAGCUGCAGCUCCAGCUCCAGCUCCCACUCCAGCUGCAGCUCCAGCUCCUCUGACAGCGAGGAGGAGGGGGAAGAGGAGACAGCAGCUCGGUGAGACCAGCAGGGCCCAGCCAGGCUACGGGACUGCACGGGGAAGAGUCAGCUCCUCCAACAGCUCCAGGCCUUUCGGAAGGCAUCGGCUCAGCCCAAGCUGCCAGCUGGCGAGGGUCCCGGAAGCCAGAAGGCUCAGGCCCCU